AUAUUUCCUCCCCCACUACUAGCUAGGUCCACACUCGUGCCACACACAGCUAGGAGCGCCCAGACUCGUAGCAUUGCCAGCGUUGCGUUUAUUACUAGGUUCUCCUUGUGGAGCCAGAGGCUGCGAGAACAAAGACCAAAGCUGCUUCUGCUGCCACUGUAAAAGAGAGAGACAAGUAUAGGUUUUCGCCUUAAUAGAAAGAUUAGUUUGCUUGGAGCACUCUCUUUGCUUAGGGGCAAGAAUUAAGUCAGUGGGUGAAUCGAUCGGGCUGCAUGCGUGAAUGCAUGUGCUUGGGAAUCCACGAGACCCUAUUAUAUUCCGGCUGGGCACACUGAUUGCCGCAGGCAGGAUCUAGCUACCUAUUAUAUCUCCCUUCACCGUUUGUGUAGUGUAGUGCUGGUAUAAGAGAGGAGCAGCGCCUGCCCAUUGGUCAUAUAGACUCUCCUGCUCGAGGGAGAUCGAGGCGUUCAUCCUCGAUUGAUUUAUUCUAUUUAUCGGCCAAAUAUUAGCUACUCAGUAUCUCCCUCCGAACUUUGAGUCACAUACCACUACCAGAGUUCACAAUUCUUCAGCUCGAUCACCAUGGGAGAGGAAGUUAAGAAGGUGGAGGAGCACAAGAAGGAAGAAGCACCAGUGGUUGUUCCGGAAGCAAUGAAGAAGGACGAGGCAGCUGACGCAGAAGGUGAGGAGAAGAAGAAAGAAGAGGCAGCAACCAAGGAGCUACCCCCGCCACCUGCCCCUUGCAUCCUCGGCAUCAACUUGCAUUGCACCGGUUGUGCCAACAAGAUCAGGAGAUGCAUCCUCAGAUGCAAAGGAGUGGAAGGCGUGGAGGUGGACAUGGCACAGAACCAGGUGACAGUGAAGGGCAUUGUGGAUCCGCAGGGCAUCUGCGGGCGCCUCCGCAAGAGGACCAUGCGCAAUGCCACCGUCAUCUCCCCGCCGCCACCGCCUCCUCCAACAGAUAACGACGCAGCAGCCACCGUUAAGGAGGAACCAGUCGUCGUCCAUUCGCAGGUGAGCGAGGUCACGACGAUGGAGCUCCACGUCAACAUGCACUGCGAGGCCUGCGCGCAGCAACUGCAGAAGAAGAUCCUCAAGAUGAGAGGCGUGCAGAGCGUAGAUGCCAACUCCGGUGCCGGCAAGCUCACUGUCACCGGCGCAAUGUCAGCUGACAAGCUCGUCCAGUACAUCCACCGCCGCACCGGCAAGCUAGCCAGCGUCGUGCCCCCGCCACCGCCUCCCGAGCCCCCAAAGGAGGAGGAGCCCAAGAAGGAGGAAGGCGAGAAGAAGCCCCAGGAACCGCCUGCAGAGGGUGCCGACAAGGAGAAUCAGGACAAACCGCCAACGGAAGACGCCACCCAGAAGAAAGAGGCCGAGGGACAAAACAAAGAAGAGGAGGCCGCCAAGUCUGAAGAUGGCACUGAAAAGAAGGAAGGGGGUGGUGACGAGGAGAAGGCCAAGCCUGACCUGCUUGCCGUGGACGGUUUUCCGCCGGAGGAGAUGAUGAAGCGGAUGAUGUACUGGCCAUACCCUCAAAAACACUACUACAACCCUCAUGUGGACGAGGAGGCUAUGAUGGCUAGAAGGAUGGCCUCGGGGCACCCCUACUGCACGCCCACGAUACAGUGGACGCCUCCACCCGCGCCCGUGGCUCCUCCAAUGAUGUACCCGUACUACAACUAUGGCAUGGUGGAGCCGCCAGCCCCGGCACCGCAGUACUUCAGCGACGAGAACCCCAACGCGUGUGUCAUCUCGUAGCUCCAUGGAUGACAAUAGAAGCAAUGAUUAUCGAUAGCGGCCCGGCAUCUCGAUUGUAUACUAGUAUAAUUAGCUACUACAAUAGCUUGAAUGGAGGCCAGCCCUGGCUUACGGUCCAGAUAUUCAUCUUCCCAUGAUAUAUAUGUAGUAUAUGGUAUGACUAUA